UAGAUACGCUCAAUUAUCUUCUUGGCUCAACCUCAACUUCAAAUUUCUUCAAUUACUCCGUGAACACAUUUCAGACAUCUCGAAUCUUUCUAGUAAACAAACCCAAUAAUGGCUUCCGCAGCUGUCCACAACGCUACGGCUUCAAGCUCCAAGCUGGACCAAGUCAUCGAACCCCUAGCCGCGGCUCCCGCGACCAAGCCCGCAAAGCACAAUGUCGCCACUGAGCUGAACUACUACCAAGAUCCUGGUGAUGGAUCGCUUCCUGCUCCCGUUUACGUUGGCCGAGUCGAUAAUGUUGAUCGUCCUCACGCCGCUGUUUCUACUACAAUCCACGAUAUUUCCGGUGACGAGGAGAAGUACACGCUCGAUGGGAACGGGUUUCAGUACGUGAAGCACGAGACCAAGGAGAAGGAGUUCCGCGACGAUGAGAAGAUAAAGGCAGAAUACUACCCCGAGGUGGAACAGCUGUUGAAAGACAGCACCGGAGCCACCCGCGUCUUCGUCUUCGACCACACAAUCCGCCGCGCUCCCACCGACAACCGCGGUGCCCCGGGCGAGGAAAUCAGACGCGGUCCGGGAAAGCGGGUGCACAUUGAUCAGUCGUACAGCGCGGCGAGGAGUCGCGUAACUCAUCAUCUCCCCGACGAGGCGGAGGAGCUGUUGAGGAAGAGGUUUCAGAUCAUCAACGUCUGGCGUCCCAUCAAGACGAUUACGCGCGACCCCCUCGCGCUCGCAGACGCGCAUACAGUACCGGACAGCGACCUUGUUGGCGCGGCGUUGAUCUAUCCGAAUCGCGAGGGCGAGACGUAUGUCGUCAAGCCGAAUCCAAGCCAUCGGUGGUACUUCAAGUUUGGGCAGAGGCCGGAUGAGCCGUUGUUUAUCAAGUGUUUCGACUCGAUUGAUGAUGGAAGUGUCGCAAGGAGGGUUCCGCAUACGGCAUUUGAGGAUGCCGAGUUUAAUGGGGAGCCGCCGAGGGAGAGCAUUGAGGCGAGGACGUUGGUGUUUUACGAUUAUUAGGGUUGGGCUCAAGACGGGGCCAUUCUGCAGACAAUCACGUUCUUAAGACGGCAUGUUCUUAAGACAGCCAUGGUCUUAAGACAGCGGCAUCUCAAGACGAGGACGUUCCCCAGACAAUCACGCUCCUAAGAUGGACCCGUUUUGAGACGAUUAUUCUUAGGACAUGCCCUCAUAGUCGGAC